AUUCGGUGAGGUUGGCAUUGGUCUACAAGAUGUGGCGAUGAUACUUGGUUUGCCCAUUCGAGGUAUGCCCCUUAGUGGUCCUACCAUUAAGGAUAAGGCUCAGUGGAUCAACCUGUGCACGCAGUCGUGUGGAUUCACUCCUCUAGAGACUGAUAUGCGCACGAGUGAUAUCACCAUGAGUGCUGUUACCCGUCACCGGAUUAUACCUGACAGUACAGACGAGGAGGUCACCCAACACACCAGGACCCUAAUAUGGCAAUUGCUUGGAGGGUUUUUGUUCCCUGACACGAGUGGGUCAAGAAUACGAUUGUACUUUUUGGAAGUCUUGCAGGGUGACUUGGCUUUAGCCCGUCGAUGGAGUUGGGGAUCGGCGGUUCUCGGGUACCUCUACCGUAACUUGUGUAACGGCGCCAAGUGGGACACCAAACAAGUUGGCGGCUGUAUGCACUUGUUACAGAUUUGGGCUUGGUCGAGGAUUUCAAUGUUACGUCCCAAAGUACUUCAGGUCAUUCAACAUGACCAUCUUCCAUAUGGGUGCAAGUGGAUCGUCCCCAAAUCAUUUAAGGGAUCCCCGAGACAUUGCAUACGCUUGUACCGGGAUAACCUAGACCGCAUGAGUGAGAGUCAGUUUGAUUUCAUUCCCUACGCAUUCGAGACACUUCCACCUCUCAUCCUUAAUGAAGCUCCGCUUUGGUCGGCUAGGGUUAAGCUCAUAUUUUGCAAUAUGGCCGAAAUGCAUUACCCCGAUCGAUUUCUUCGGCAGUUCCAUAUAAGGCAAGAUAUUCCGGAUGCUCCUUUUAUAGGUACUGAUAAUCACGGAAAUUGUUCCAACAUAGUAACCGGUGCCUUGGCGAUGUGGGCGAACAUACAAGAUCACAUAUAUUUUCUUGAUUAUGGUCAACUUAUGUUCGUCGAAGCAACUAAUAGGUACCGAAAAUGGUACAACAAGCAUGGUAUGACACGUGUCCAGAACCCUUCUCACAAUGUGCCCACGACAGGCUACACCCCGACAGCACACGAUUGGGGUAUUGUGAAACAAGGUGUUCACGAGAUGUAUCAGCUCAUAGCCGAUCGCGCGAGUUAUGAGGACUUACACAAACGACUACAGCAGAUGGCCCUGGACGUAGGUGAUGAACAGAUGCUCCACCGGGGCAUAUUCCAUUAUGAAGAUGAAGAUGAAGGUGGAAUUGACGAAGAGGAUGAUGCAGAUGAACAUGAAGGUGGGGGUGAGGACUCACCAUCGCUCCCUCAAUUCUCAACACAUGGUGUCUCAUUUGAUCAACCACCCCCUAAUUUCUCGACGCAUCAAGGUGUCACAUUUGAUCAACCACCGCCGUAUUAUGAUUCUUAUCAGAUCUCUACGCAACCGGAUGAUUUUGUUGAGUCGUUUUUGAGUUCGUCAUUUUACUAUGGAGACCCAAACAGGCCUUGGAACACUGGCGGUGGGGACGGAGCAGGGCCGAGCGCACAACGUUAGCUGUAGUAUUAAAUUUAAUAUUAUAUGUACUGUCUAUUCAUUAAUAAAUUACAUUGAAAAGUACAUUCGUUUUGUUCACUUCCAUUGAAAUUACUAAAAUUGCACUUAAAACACCAUCGUAGUAGUACCUAAUUUGAAGAAUGAAUUAAAUCAAAAUUACACUUCAAAUUACUAAAAUUGCAAUUAAAACAAAAUUCACAAUACAGAUGGAUUAAAAAACAAUAUAAAGCAAUCAAAUGUUUUGUUACUCAAAAAAUAAAUGUGCUAAGUUUUCAUUUUUAAAAAUAUCUAAAGAAUCUAGAAAAAACUGUUUAAAACUAGUUUUUAAAACUCAAAAUAAAAAAAAAUACUUAAAACGGACGUGCCCCACUCAAAAUAAAAAAACCGCAAAAAAAAAAAAAAAAUAUAUUCCAGUCGGAAUUGGGGAAUCCGACUGGAGGGGGAAGCUUUUUUUCGAAAACCCUAGCACCUAGUCGGAACUCUCAAUUCCGACUUACGUUUUUUAGUAAACCCUAGCAAAACCCCCGUUUUUUGGCAAGCCCAGCACAUCUUUCCCGUCUUUCGGUAAAACCCCCAUAUAACCCCCUUUAUUCCCUUACUCUUUUUCUUGCUUCUUCCCACUCCAUCUUUAUACCGCCAUCCCCGCCGAGCACUGCCGGCAUCACCAUUGGCGUCGAGCUCUGCCGCCACAUUCUCCGUCGCCGUCUGGUUGCCAUUGAAGAAGAUCUAUGGUUUUCGUCGGGUUUGAGUUGGGUUGCCUUCUCCGGCCAUGAAAAAAAGGGAUAGAAGGUUGAGUGGAGUAGAAGAAGUGGAUUGGAGAAGAGAAAAAGGAAGAGGAAAAAGAAAGAAAUGGGAAAGGAGAAGGGGGUGGGCAAGAUUGCAAGAAUAGAGGGGAGGUUGAAAUGUUGAAUUGGGUGGGGGGCGUGGGGUAAAAGCAGUGGAGAUCGAAGAAGAAGAGGUUGAAGAAUAGGGGAGAGGGGUUGCAGGGAGAUUGGAG